AUGCUCUCUGACUCCGGUAUGCUUGGUUCUUGUCCCACUUCAACUCCUAUGGAUUAUUCUACUCGUCUACAUGCCACCUCGGGUACCCCCUUAUCUGCUUCAUCUUCAUCUUCCUAUCGACGCUUAGUUGGACGUCUCAUCUACCUAACAAAUACGCGACCAGAUAUAUCCCAUGCUGUUCAACAAUUAAGCCAGUACAUGGCCAGUCCUACUACUGCUCACUCUCAAGCUGCAUUUCGCGUUCUCCGUUACCUCAAGGGCUCCCCAGGUUCUGGUGUCUUUCUUUCUGCCACUGGCAAUCUUCAACUCAAAGCAUUCAGCGAUUCUGACUGGGUCGGAUGUAGUGAUUCUCGACGCUCAAUCACGGGUUUUUCCAUCUACCUUGGGGACUCUCUUAUUUCUUGGCGCUCGAAGAAACAAUAUACCGUCUCUCGCAGCUCUUCUGAAGCUGAGUAUCGAGCUCUAGCUUCAACAACGUGUGAACUCCAGUGGCUCACUUAUCUUCUUCAAGACAUUCAUGUGCCUUUUGUCCAGCCAGCUAUUCUUUAUUGUGAUAACCAAUCAGCGAUACAGAUAGCUUCUAAUCAAGUUUUUCACGAAAGAACUAAGCAUAUUGAAAUAGAUUGUCAUAUUGUCCGUGAGAAAGUUAACAAUGGCCUCCUAAAGAUUCUGCCUAUUUCCUCUUCCAUGCAACUCGCAGAUAUUUUUACUAAAGCUUUAUCUCCAUCCAUCUUUCAAGGCUUCUGUUCCAAGCUAGGAAUGAUGAAUAUACAUUCCCAGCUUGAGGGGGCUCUCAACAGUAACAAAUUAAUUAUCUUGUAUUCUGUUAUGAUUAGAUAA